AUGAUCUCCACUCCCAGCAUCCUCCUCGGCGCCCUUGUCGCUCUUCAAGCGACCGCCUCUGCCUCGCCGAUGAAGCAGCGAUGGCUCUACGAAAAGUACUUCGAUCUCCAGGGUCAUCGUGGCGGAACCGGAGAGGCGGUCGAGAACACCCUCCCCGCUCUCGCCUGGGGUCUUCUGGCCGGUGUGACGAGUCUCGAGGUUGACGUCGGGAUCACCAAGGACGGCGUCGCUCUUAUCUACCACGACGAGAUCAUUGACAAGACCAAGUGCAAGGAUACCGCUGCGGCCUGGGCGGACGACAAGAUGUUCCCCUACGUCGGCAAGAGCGUCGCCAACCUUACUCUGGCUCAGAUCAAGACUCUUGACUGUGGGAGCUUGAGGUUGACUGCUCACCCUAUGGCCGAGGUCUACCCGGGCACCAAGCUUUCCACCAUGGACGAGAUGUUCGACUUUGUCGACUGCGCCACCUCCGACCCUGUCCUCUAUAACAUCGAAACCAAGGUCAAUCCCGAGAAGGCCAACGCUACCCGAAGCCCCGAAGACUUUAUCGCCAUUAUGGACAAGUCAUUCGCCAAGAAAGAUGCGACCUUUAUGGACCGCAUCACCCACCAGUCCUUCGACUGGCGCAUGGCUGUGCUGUCCAAGAAGCAGUGGCCGACUAUGCGUACUGGUGCUUUGAUCAGCGACGCGAGCAUCUACAACAACCCCAAUGCCACCACUAUCGCCAACCUCCGCCCUGGUGCUACCAACCGUCUCGCCGGUAUCGACCUGACCAAGGUUGAGGGUGCGACUGUCGGCGAGCGUGUUGCUCGGGCUGCCAAGCAGAUCAACGCGGACAACCUCGCUCCUGCUGCUGCAUCAUACACCUCGACCAACCCCGACGCCUCGUCCCCUGGCUACGUCUCCUUCAUCACCAAGGACAUGGUCGACACCGCCCACGCGCUCGGGAUGAAGGUUAAGGCUUGGACCAUCAACCGCAAGAACGCCAUCGAGCCUCUCAUCAACCUCGGUGUCGACGGUAUCAUCACCGACUACCCCUCUGAUGUUCGGGUCCAGCUCGAGCGCAACGGCAAGUACCUCGCACCCAAGGCGGACUACAAGAGGGUCAUGGGGUGCCUGAAGGCGAUGAACCAGGUCACCAAGGAUGGGUUGUCCACCAAGGGGUUCUGA